AUGAAGCGGCGGCCUGCGGCGAGUGUCUUUGCAGGAUCAGAGGUUCAGUCUGUACCUAAGAAGGCCAAAAAAAUGAUACACUUUUCUAGAGAUGAACUGACGGGGUCAGCAUUUGUUGCAUUUGGCAUCAUAUUAUUUGUGGGUUUCUUCUAUGCCGCUGUUGUGUCCAAAAUGCUUCCACCUUACGAGAACCGGCUUCUGUCUGCCAUCCAAAAUGAUAGGUUUUACUGCCUACUCGUGCCCUUGACACUUCCUAUGAUAAUUGUGGCUGUCUAUCUGCAUUGGCUAAGCAUGAAGAUGUUCAAGCAUGCAUAA